UUGUUCAACUGUAAGUUCUUCAAAGGACACAAGUUCUUGUCACUGACACUGUUUGGAGAGCAGAGAUGGCUCAGAAAGGAGUUGAACUGGAUCGAGAAACAAUCAGCUGUUCCAUCUGUCUGGACCUACUGAAGGAUCCGGUGACUAUUCCCUGUGGACACAGCUACUGCAUGAACUGUAUUAAAAGACACUUUGAUGGAGAGGACAAGAAGAAACAAACCCACAGCUGUCCUGAGUGCAAACAACUUUUCCCAUCGAGGCCUGUCCUGGUGAAAAGCACCAAGUUAGCAGUUUUAGUGGAGCAGCUGAAGAAGACUGGACUUCAAGCUGCUCCUGCAGAUCAGUGCUAUGCUGGACCUGAAGAUGUGGCCUGUGAUGUCUGCACUGGAAGAAAACUGAAAGCCUUCAAGUCCUGUUUAGUCUGUCUGGCAUCUUACUGUGAGAAACACCUUCAGCCUCAUUAUGAUGCAGCUCCUUUAAAGAAACACAAGCUGGUGGAUCCCUCUGAGAAGCUCCAGGAGAACAUCUGCUCUCGUCAUGAAGAGGUGAUGAAGAUGUUCUGUCGUACUGAUCAGCAGAGUAUCUGUUAUCUCUGCCCUGUGGAUGAACAUAAAGGCCACGACACAGUCUCAGCUGCAGCAGAAAGGACUGAGAGGCAGAGAGAGGUGGAGGUGAGACGACAAAACAUCCAGCAGAUGAUCCAGGACAAAGAGAAAGAUGUGGAGCUGCUUCAACAGGAGCUGAAGGCCAUCGCUCACUCUGCUGAUAAAACAGUGAAGGACAGUCGGGAGAUGUUCACUGAGAUGAUCCAUCUCCUCCAGGAAAGAAGCCUUGAUGUGGAGCAGCAGGUCAGAUCCCAGCAGGAAACUGAAGAGAGUCGAGUCAAAGAGGUUGAGGAGAAGAUGGAGCAGGAGAUCACUGAGCUGAAGAGGGAAGACGCUGAGCUGAAGCAGCUCUCAGACACAGAGGAUCACAACCAGUUUCUACACAACUACCCCUCACUGCCACCACCCAGUCAAUCUACACACUCAUCCAGCAUCAAUAUCUGUCCUCGGAGGAACUUUGAAGACGUGAAAAUAGCUGUGACAGAGCUCAGAAAGAAAGUGGAGGACAUUCUGAGAGAGACAAGGACAAACAUCUCACUGACAGUGACUGAAGUGGAUGUUUUACUGCCACAACCAGAGCCAAAGACCAGAGAUGAAUUCUUAAAGUAUUCACGUGAAAUCACACUGGAUCCAAACACAAUACACAAACGUCUGGUAUUGUUUGAGAGGAACAGAAAAAUAACACCAGGGAAUCGACAACAGCAGUCUUAUCCUGAUCAUCCAGACAGAUUCACUGAUCGUCUUCAGGUCCUGAGUAGAGAGAGUCUGACUGGACGUUGUUACUGGGAGGUGGAGUGGAGAGGAUUAGUUGGUGUAGCAGUCACAUACAAGAAUAUCAGAAGAGCAGGGAAUGAAAGUAGAUUUGGACGUAAUGACAAAUCUUGGACAUUAUAUCGUUCAAAUGACAGCUCUACAUUUUGGUACAACAACAUCCAAACUCCCGUCUCUGCUCCUCCUUCCUCCAGAGUAGGAGUGUUCCUGGAUCACAGAGCAGGUAUUCUGUCCUUCUACAGCGUCUCUGAAACCAUGACUCUCCUCCACAGAGUCCAGACCACAUUCACUCAGCCGCUCUAUGCUGGACUCAGGAUUGGUGAUUGCUUUAAUGGAUCAAGUGCUGAGUUGAUUAACAUCUCAUCACUCAAGUCUUUUUCCAAAAAAACGUCUAUUUAGGACAUACCCAAAGUAAAUUGAAUACUGGUCAUGAACAUUUUGGAUCUCAUGCACAGUCUUUGAAAUAAGAAGUUGGUGGGUUUGGCUGAUUUUUUUUUUGUUGUUGUUGUUGUUUUGAAAAAAUGUGUUGGUUGAAUCCUGUAAUGACUUUUAUCAAUGAAAUCAGAAGAAAAUGACAUUGAAUGGUGUUCAUGGACAUUUUGGAUCUCAUGCAUGGCCUUGGUAUUCUUUGAAAGCCAAGACUCUGAAGUUUGUGUUACAAAAGUCAGAAGCAGUGUAGGUUGUAUUGUUUUUGAGCAAUCAAAGUUGGCCCACAUUUAAAAUAACAAGAAGGUGGUGGGUUUGGCUUAUUUUUUGUUUGUAUGUUUGUUUUUAAAGAAUGUCUUGGUUGAAUCCUAUAAUGACUUUUGUCAAUUAAAUCAGAAUAAAAUUACGUAUUGCAUGCAACAUUUACUCCAACACAAGUUGUGUACAAAGCUCCGAUUGACUCAAAAAGGUACUGUUGUCCCAUAGAGAAUGAUCAGCUGUCAGUCAAACAUCAUGGCUGCUACCUUGACAUGUUUAAUAGUUGUUCUCUGGAUGUUUCAUCACUUUCUUUAGGUGGAGCUCUUUCCUGUGUCUGUUUAGCCAUGGAGGAUAUCACUGCUCAUGAUGGCUUUUGUUUUCUAAAAUUUUCUGAGCUCUAAAUGUCUGCUGAAUAUUUGUACUGAUAAAUUUCUGUGUUCUUGCAGUUCAUAGGAGGAAUCAGCAGACCUUCCUUUCUCACCGAUAUGUUAAAGAAAUCUAUGAUUACAUUUACAUCUAUUAGUUUUUUAGACUAUAUAUUAACAUCUACAUAUACAUGAGGUACCAUGAGGGUUAUUAAAAUUUUAUUUAUCAUGAUAAACAGGUAGAUUGUAUGGCUUAAGUGAAUGUGUACAUGAAAUUGUUGGAUGUGUGAACAAUUUGUUGAUUAAAAUAUUAAAUAAAACGGUUUUUCAUUAA